UGCAUCUAUAUUAUAACUAGAAAUAAUUUAUGGCGCUGAUCAUCUUUAUUUCAAAUGUGCCCUAAAUAGUAUGGAGUGCCCUGUCUCUAGCAAUUAUGCAUGUGUCAGGUUUUCCCAAACCACUUGGUGGGGCUAUUUUCCACGUGGUCUUGAGAAGAGUCUUGCCUGGCUCCUCCACCGUGUGCGUCUCCUCUGACAGGAGAAGACAGGCCUUUUACUCUAUCAUUGCUUGGUUAAUAGCUAUGCUACAGAUCCCAUCUCUGGGGGCUUUGUUCAAUAGCAACACUGGAAAACAAAUUCUAAACUCAAACUCCUUUGUUGCUUUUGUCCCAACAAAGAGUUCUGUAUACCUAAUCCCAUUGAGUCUGUAAAGGCUUCUGGUUGCAAUUUUAUGAGUGGACUCUGGGCGCCGCUGUUGUCCAGUUCGCUGUAAGAGCUGACUCCCAGGCUCUAUGGGUUGAAAUUGUGAACGUUCACUGAAGGCUUAAAGAGUGAGGGGGACUUGAAUCUUCUGCUUAGCAAAUCAGAUUAGAGACUGUGAGAUCUUCAAACUUGGAGGGAGCGUUUGGGUUUUCUUCGUGGUGGAAGUAAUUCGUGAAGCCUUCCCGCUUCACCCGGGAACCUCUGAGAAGGAUGGAGCCCAAAGUGAAACCAGGGAGCAGGACCCGGUGGAGGCAAGUAGUCUUUCCGUUCUUGCUGCCUUUGUUCUGCACGGGGCUUUCGGAGCAAGUCCGAUAUUCUAUUCCCGAAGAAAUGGCCAUGGGCUCGGUUGUGGGCAACCUCGCUGUGGACCUGGGGCUGCCUGUUCGUGAUUUACGGACUCGAAACCUCAGAGUUAUCGCAGAGAAACCGUACCUUGCUGUGAACCCUGAGAACGGGAACAUAGUUGUGAGCAACAGAAUAGAUCGAGAGUUACUGUGCUUCCAAAGCUCCCUGUGUGUCCUGCCCUUAGAGAUUGUGGCAGAAAACCCCCUAAACGUCUUUCACAUCAGCGUGGUGAUAGAAGACAUAAAUGAUAAUCCUCCCCACUUCCUCCAAAAGAGUAUUGUUUUACAAAUCAAUGAACUUGCAAUUCCAGGCACUAGGUUUGGCCUGGAAUCUGCCAUAGACGAAGAUGUAGGACCGCACUCCCUCCAGAGUUACCAGCUCAGUAAGAAUGAGCAUUUCUCUCUGGUGGUGAAGGACAAGGCUGAAGGCAAGGAUGCCCCAGAAUUACUGUUAGAGAAGCCUUUAGACAGGGAAAAGCAGAGCUCCCAGCUCUUGGUCCUGACCGCGGUGGACGGGGGAGAACCAGUACUAACUGGCACUGCUCAAAUUGAAAUCGAAGUCACUGAUGCUAAUGAUAACCCCCCAGUGUUCAGCCAGGAUUUGUACAAAGUCAGUCUUAGAGAGAACGUGCCCUCAGGCACUUCUGUGCUAAAGGUGGUGGCCACCGACCAGGACGAGAGUGUCAAUGCAGAGGUCACCUACUUCUUCAAAUCAGUAGGAGAUGAUAUUAGAAAUAAGUUUAUCCUAGAUGACCAAAAUGGAGAAAUUAAAUCUGAAGGCCCUAUAGACUUUGAAACCAAGAGAACUUAUACCAUGAGCAUAGAGGCCAAGGACGGUGGAGGCAUGGCCACAGAAUGUAAAGUUAUUAUAGAAAUUCUGGAUGAAAACGACAAUGCCCCGGAAGCAGUUUUUACUUCGGUGUCCAAUUCUAUAACCGAAAAUGCAGAACCUGGGACAGUGGUGGCUCUGUUCAAAACAUAUGAUAAAGAUUCAGAAGAAAAUGGAAGGGUGAUGUGCUUCAUAAAAGAAACGGUUCCUUUUAGAAUUGAAUCUUCUGCCAGUAAUUACUAUAAGCUUGUAACUGAUGGGGUUCUGGACCGGGAGCAGACUCCAGUGUACAAUGUCACCAUCGUCGUCACUGAUAGAGGCAAGCCACCCCUCUCCUCCAGCACAAGCGUCACGCUGCACGUUGGGGACAUCAAUGACAACGCUCCAGUUUUCCACCAGGCCUCCUACUUGAUCCAAGUGGCUGAAAAUAACCCGCCUGGUGCUUCCAUUGCACAAGUAAGCGCCUCCGACCCGGAUUUGGGGCCCAAUGGCCAUGUUUCCUACUCUAUCAUAGCCAGCGACCUGGAAAAUAAAUCGCUAUGGUCCUACGUAUCCGUGAACCAGGACAGCGGGGUAGUUUUCGCGCAGCGCGCCUUGGACCAUGAGCAGCUGCGCUCCUUCCAACUGACAUUGCAGGCGCGAGACCAGGGCUCGCCCGUGCUCAGCGCCAACGUGAGCAUGCGCGUGCUGGUGGGCGACCGCAACGACAAUGCACCACGCGUGCUGUACCCCGCGCUCGAGUCCGAUGGUUCCGCGCUCUUCGAUAUGGUACCGCGCGCCGCCGAGCCCGGAUACCUGGUCACUAAGGUGGUGGCAGUGGACGCAGACUCCGGACACAAUGCCUGGUUGUCGUAUCACAUGCUGCAGGCCAGUGAUCCCGGACUCUUCAGCCUGGGGCUGCGCACUGGCGAGGUCCGCACAGCGCGUGCCUUGGGCGACAAGGACGCAGCUCGGCAGAGCCUUCUGGUAGCUGUGCUUGAUGGUGGACAGCCACCGCUCUCGGCUACAGCCACGCUGCACCUGAUCUUCGCUGACAGCCUGCAGGAGGUCCUGCCAGACCUCAGCGAUGACCCUCUGCCAUCGGACCCCCAGAGUGAGCUUCAGUUUUACCUGGUGGUGGCCUUGGCCUUGGUCUCAGUACUCUUUCUUUUCGUUGUGAUUCUGGCCAUGGUCCUUCGUCUUCGACAGUCCCACAGUCCUGCAGCCUCAGACUGCUUUCAGUCUGGGCUCUGUUGUAAGACUAGACCAGGGGUUUCUCUCAACUACAGUGAGGGGACUCUGCCUUAUUCCUACAAUCUUUAUGUUGCUUCCAAUAGUCAAAAAACAUCUCAUUUUCUUACCUUAACACCAGAAAUGGUCCCUCCGCAAGAUCUUUCAAUGCAAGCUUCUGUGGAAGUGAGUGUCCCUGAGGAGAACAAGACAGUCUCUGAUUCUCUCGCUUCUACCCACCAAGCCCCGCCCAACACCGACUGGCGUUUCUCUCAAGCCCAGAGACCCGGCACAAGCGGCUCCCAAAAUGGUGAUGAGACCGGCACCUGGCCCAACAACCAGUUUGAUACAGAGAUGCUGCAAGCCAUGAUCUUGGCCUCUGCCAGUGAAGCUGCUGAUGGGAGCUCCACUUUAGGAGGGGGCGCUGGCACCAUGGGCUUGAGUGCUCGCUAUGGACCCCAGUUCACCCUGCAGCAUGUGCCCGACUACCGCCAGAAUGUGUACAUCCCUGGCAGCAAUGCCACACUGACCAAUGCAGCUGGCAAGCGAGAUGGCAAGGCUCCAGCAGGCGGUAACGGCAACAAAAAGAAGUCCGGCAAGAAAGAGAAGAAGUAAUAUGGAGGCCAGGCCUUGAGCCACAGGGCAGCCUCCCUCCCCAGCCAGUCCAGCUUGUCCUCACUUGUACCCAGGCCUCAGAAUUUCAGGGCUCACCCCAGGAUACUGGUAGGAGCCAAGGCCAUGCUCCCCCAUUGGGAAACAGAAACAAGUGCCCAAGUCAACACCCCCUCUCUGUGCCCUAGGGGGUUGAAUAUGCAAAGAGAGUUCUGCUGGGAACCCCUAUCCACCCAAUCAGUGAUUGCCCCCACAUGGGUAGUAGGGUUUGUGUGGAAAACCCUGGCACACUCCCUUAGUUACAGCUGAACUCCUCCACCUUCCAACUCAGUCAGGCUCAUUCAUCUCCUGCCCUCCUCCCCACCCCACCCACUCCUUCAGUCCCUCUCUUGAGCAAGGGCUGUUGAGGGGACAGGUGACCUAAGCAGGCUCCUAGUUCCGAAUUGUUGGGAGACUGUCACAACCUUUUGGCUUCUCCUUCAGUUCAGCUCCCCCCCAAAGCAUGGUUUGGUACCAGUCUUCUCAUUCCCUUCCAGAGCCCGAGACUAGUGCUUAAGUUUAGGGGGACAGUCACCAGCCCCCUGGUAUUGAUGCUUGCUGGGUUUUGGGAAGGCAUUUUGCUACCAAGUCUCUUUUCAACGCCUGGGGACCAGUCUUUUGUGUUUCACUGUUUGAUGUUCCCACUGCAUGCUGUGACUCCCCUGCUCCUCAAAGAAGAGACUCCUUUGCAUGUCUGGAGACAGUAGGGGGUGGGAAGCUACAGGGACAAAACAGCCAGCCCGCUAACAGGGUGUGUGGGCUCUGUGUGUACCCAGGGUACGCCCAAUCCCCCAAUUCUAGCCAUAGACAAACACCAGGUCAGACCCCUCCACCCUGGUCCAGCCUGGGUUGAGCCACCAGGACCAGUGGAUUUAAGCUGGCAUUUCAGUCCAAGAAGACUUCCAAGUGGUUUUAGGACCAGAAAAGAAAGAGGAGCCUCUGUGGGUGCUGGGUACUCCAGAGGUGCCCCUGGUAGAAGGGUCAGUGGUCCUAGCAGGAAAGGAGACCAGGCAAGGCCAUUCUUGGCCCCUGGGUUGAGUCAAGGAGCUUGAACAAGGGAUCAAGUGGCCAUAAAGUCUCAGCCAACGGUGGGGCUUCUCCACUGGGCCCCUCUAGUUCUCAAGCCCCUGGCCUCCACCUUACCAGGUGCCAUUUCUUCUCAGAAGGCCUCUGCCCAGGCCCCAGGCCGCCCCUUCGUGGCCAGAGACUGGUUAAAGCCCCCCAGUGCCUCCUUGUGCAUAGAACUUCCUCUGCCCACCCUCCUCUGACCCCGGCCCUUACAGUAGUAUAGAUGCCCCCCACCCCCACCCCCGGCUGGUGUAGAAUAGCCAAUAGUGUAGUGUGGUGUGCUUUUACGUGAUGGCGAAGUGGGCAGCGGGCGGUGGGCUGUGCGCAGCCGUCUGUCCUUGAAUCUCAAUCUGCCUGCGCAGGCCUGUGCUGUGUUUUGUGCUGUGUCCACAACGCUGCGGCGACCCCUCCCUGUACUGACUCCUCUAUAAAAAGCUUCUCUUCGCAUAGUCACGUAGCUCCUGCCCAUCCCCCUUCUGGUAUCUCUCGCAAGUUUUAUACUCUAAUAUUUAUAUGGCUUUUUUCUUCGAAAAUUAAAAAUUAAAAAAAAAGGUU